AUGACUACACCAACAGAAAUGGCCAAUUCGCAGGAUCCAACGACGACCAGCGUUAACACUGAAAUUGAGCAGCCUCUGAAUACAUGGACACAACCGCCUGCCCAACUGCCGUCUGUCGAACAUCCACAUGAUUCUCAAGAACAAGAGGAAGAAAUCGAUUACAGUAAAAUCUACGAUGCGUUGCAAGAACGCUUCAACAAGGUCUACUCGAUUUCCCAGAAGUUGUUCGUCACAGAGAAGACUCAGCGCCAGACAAUGUAUCAUUACAAGCGUCGUAACGAUGCCAUUCUUGAUCUUCUAAAUGAAUUGGAAGACGACGACGAAAUGAGCGACGAACCCUUAAGUAUAGACGAAGACAGGAUUUCGCAAAUAAUAGCAGCUAAGCCUGAUCUUGCUGAUGUACUAGAUCCGGUGAUGAAGAUCGCCAGUGGCCAGGAUCCAGCUACAAUCAAAGUGAAAGAUUCCUACAACGUUGAUCUUGCGGUGAUUGAGGCAAUUCCUGAUAUGGUUAAUGAUGAACUAGAUACAGUAGAGGUGAAUCCGCAAGACACUGAGAUGUGGACUAGAAGAAAUUACGCUCAUUUGGUUCUUUCCAAGUUCAAACCUGUGGAGAUCAGAGGUAAGGGCGUCAGGGAGUACAUUAAUUCUCCCACGUUAAACACCAAACGCAAGAAAAAGGGAUUAGCCAAAGAAUGA